AUGUCUACACAAAGCGCUCCCAUACUAUCCACUCCGGCCGAGCAUAUCUUGAAUGAAUCAACUCCUGCCACAAUACAAGCCAGCCACGAAAGACUUUCAGAAGAACGGCUUUACGUGCAGUACGAGAUAAAGCGGACCAUCUCAGAAAUUCGACAUGGCAAUUGGAAGAGAAUCGCCUUGCAAUUUCCCGAUGACAUGCUCGUUGAUGCCCCCAGAGUCUUCGACCGAAUCAAGGACGGCUUAGCCAGAGCCAGAGCGGAGACGAAGGGGACGAAGAAACUUGAUCAGCAGGCGACUGUCGAGCACUUGUCUGUCAAAGUACACGGCGCCACAUUGGAAGACGAGAAUACCUCAAUCGGCAUCGAAGAAGAAGAAGUCGACGAGAGGCUAUGUAUCUUGGCCGACACCUCUUACGGAGCCUGUUGUGUGGAUGAAGUGGCCGCCGAACACGUUGAUGCUGACGUCGUUGUCCAUUAUGGCCGCUCAUGUUUGUCGCCGACCGCGCGUUUACCUGUCAUAUACGUCUAUACGGCGAAUCCCCUCGACCUCAAUGCUGUGUUAUCAAGCUUCCGAAAUACCUACCCGGCCAAGGACGAGAAAAUCGUGCUCAUGGCUGAUAUCCCUUAUAGUCACCACCUCCCGUCCUUGCACGCAAGCUUGACACACGAAGGCUACAGCAAUGUCUUCAAGACAGACAUCGUUCGAGACCCGUCCUCAUUGCUUCCGAACAGGACAAUACCGUCCGAAGUGCACACCGAUCCAGCCUUACUGAAAGAUUAUUCCAUCUUUCACGUCUCCACCCCACCGACUACACUAUUGCUCAUCCUCUCCUCUCGAAUCAAGGCCAUGCACAUCUUCUCGCCUGAGUCAGGGAGCUCUGCAGAAGCAAUUGCAUAUCAAAUGCUGCGACGGCGCUACGCCCUCACCACUCGCCUUGCAAGCGUGUCCAUCUUUGGUAUCCUCAUCAAUACCUUGUCAGUCUCCAACUACAUGGAAGCACUUCAGCAUUGCCAGGAUUUAAUCGCCAAAGCCGGGAAAAAAGCGUACGUCUUCGUGGUAGGCAAAGUCAAUGCUGCGAAAAUCGCAAACUUCAGUGAGAUAGGUGGCUGGAUCGUUAUCGGGUGCUGGGAGAGUAGUCUGAUCGAGAGCAAAGAAUUCUAUCGACCCAUCAUAACUCCUUUCGAGCUCGAGCUUGCUCUGAUGGGCGAUGAAAACCGCACUUGGAAUGGCGAAUGGAUUGGAGACUUUUCUCAACUUUUGAACAAGCACAAAAAGGUGCAGGAAAUCCGCAACGCCGUGAUCAACGGCGAUAAGACCGGCGAGUCUAUGGAAGAGGUUGCUUCGGCCACAGGUGACUGGGACGAGAUGCCAUCUGACGACGAGCCGCCUGAGUUUGAUUUUCGCACGGGACGAUAUGUCAGCCACAGCCGACCAAUGGGUCGACUCAACAAGCGCCCGGCUGCUGUGGGUGCUCAAAGUAAUGGAUCAUCACAGCAAGCGCCACCCAGCUCGGCGCUGGUACAAAGAGCAAAAGGAGAUCUUGCGGCAAUUAACGGUCAAGUAUCGCCGGCUGCCGAGUUUCUGCGAUCAAAGCGUACGUGGAAAGGUCUUGGUAGCGACUUUGAGAUUGCCUACGAGAGAGACGAUGACGGCAAGAUUCGAGGAGCAGCGAUGGAGGAGGGAAGAAGUGGAGUUGCAAAGGCUUACAGUGUUGGUGAAGACAGCACAAAAGCAUAGCAUAGCACUAUCAAACGAUCGAGGAGAUCACCAAAGAAUGGUGGGACUCGACCCUCUGCGCCAUUCGAACGAUGCUUUGCUGGCCAAUGACUUUGGUCUUUUCAGAAUAUUGCCCUUCCAAGAUCUCCAAUCUCGAUGCCAUGAGUCUUCUCAGAUCUCUUUCGAUGGACAGAGCAAAUUAUAUCCAACUGCUCAGCGUCAAUCAAUGCGUGAUAGCCAUCAGGAACGCGACUUCUUAGAUUCAGUCAUGUACGGCCUCAGCCAGUCCUUUCUAUGAAGAGAGUUGCUGAGUGCCGUUGAGGUUCUUAAUUCGUGCGUCGACAUCAGCAAAGAUGGUCGAAUUGGACAGUAGCUGCGCGCAGACUGGUGUGCACAUGCUAGAAUCAGUGCGCAGCAUUCGAUAUGGAGGGCAUCAAUAUUUCCGGUCUAUGCUGUUCGUUGAUACCGCAAUCGCUGGACUGAUUUGAGUCCUUUGCCGUUGGCUGAUUGACGCUACACCCCUCUUCUACAGAGGGCGAGCUUCGCUCAAUGAAGUCAAUCGUCCUCGAGACCUGGGAUGAGUCCGUUGUCGAGGCGGACUGACGAGCUCGCAGAUGUUUAAGAGCAUGCGUGAUGCUUCGACAAUACCAACAAUGACGCUUGGUCGUACUCGGUGACCAACGAACAUGUCUCCAUCUCUCGCCCGCUUGAUAUACCACACAGUCAUAAACUUGUAUCAUAGCUUGCUUUUCCCACCUCGAAGAACCUCUUCCCCCUCCACCUCCUUCUUAAUGGCUUCCCUCAACCUCCUUGCCAUUUCCUUGCCCUCAUCAUCAUCCAGAUCCUCCCUACUCCCACGUCCAAACAUUUUCCAACUCUUCAAGGCACCCCAAUCCGACCUUCCGUUCCUCUGCGUCUCUUCCCUCCCUUCUUGGUAUCUUGGUAUCAGAUGGAAGUGUAUAUGCGGCACCACUUGCGCCGCUCUUUCGCCAUUGUUUUGUACAACAUUCCAAUCCUCAAUACCCGUCACACUGCACAAAGCCCUGCUUACAAUGGGAAGCCAUUCUCCCAAUGCUCGCGCCGCAUCUCUUGCCUCAGAAGCUUCACGUUUCGCAUUCCAGGUUGCGGAACUUGGCGUCCUGGAUUGUAGAUCGCUCAGUUUCGUGUAGUGUUUGCGCGUCGUGAGGAGGAUGUGGCCUGGCGCUAUGGGCAUUAUAUCCAGGAAGGCAAGAACCAAAGGGGUAGAGAGGAUGAGAUGGCAUUGUGGCUCGAUCUUUUCCGGUUCUGGAUUUGAUGGGACGUCGGAGUUCGGUGAGGCAGGGUAAGUCUUUGAGAUAUUACAGAAUGCGCAGGGGAUCGGGUAGAGAUCGUCUAUUGUUGACAUUUCGAGGAGGGUGAUGGAGAAACAGCAAGAUCAAUGUGCCGUCGCGUGAAAGACAUGUUUUAUG